AGGGUGGGACAAGGGAUUUAACCUCACUUGGUAUGCAAAUUAUGACUGUUCUACCUGCGAAUGCUCUGGUGGGCAUUGUGCAUUUUCAUAUCUUCGUGAUUGGACUAACAUUUGCUUUUACCCUGACGGAGGGCGCAAGUAUACUCCUCCCUAUGAGUUUCCAAGGCCCGAGGAUACUAAUAAGUGUCAUCCUUACUUUUUCGAGGAGAACCCUGGUGAGUAGUCUUCUUCUCCUCCUCCUUUUCUUCAUGGUUAAGGGCCUUAAGUUUAAUACCAACUAUUUGUGUGGUUAGCCAGGUUCAAGCUUUCAUAUGGGCUUGAACACUGCAAUCAUAAAUGUUACCUCGUCUGAUUCUUUGCAGAUCCUAGAAAUACAAUUCCUGGAUGCCCUGUUUGUGUGUGCAAUGCUAGUCGCGUCUUUCAAUAUCCUUUCUGGUUUGAUGGAACAGGUUCUACAUAUUGUGGUUAUCCUGGUCUCGCGGUGUCCUGCGAUUAUGGAGGCGUUCUAAGCAUUUCAGAUGACAAAUACUAUAUCAAGCACAUCGAUUAUGAAAGACGCAUAAUCACAUUAGCAGAUGUUAACAUGAUAAGCAAUAAUGCCUGUGUUAGUCCUGUCCAUAUUGUCAAGCUUCAAACUCCAAGCUCUCUGUCCUACGGUGAUGAAACUUCCUUUUGUACCCUUUAUUUCAACUGCAUUUCAUUCCACCAUUAACAUGUCAAGGGGAUGGAAAUAGCAGUAUAAAGUCGCAUUUGCCAGUUUCAGAAAAAUCUCCCAUUAUUGACUACUCAUGUGAGCAACUAUUUCAAGUUCCAUUGCUCAGGAAGGCUGUGGAGACUCUAAAUGGUCGUGGUUCAUCACAAAUCUUGAAAGAAGGUUUUGAGGUAAGGUGGAAUCUUGAUCCGAAUUGCGGGAAAUGUGAAAAAUCUGGGGGAGCUUGUGGGUUUUACACUAAUUCAGCUUGGAAUUUUUCUUGCUUUUGUCCUGAUAGGCAAAACCAUCCCCAAGAUUGUAAUAUCCCAACCGGCACGACCUCUAUGAAAUAUGCCAUUGGAUUAUUGCUUACAUUCUUUCUUGCUCUGGCAAAAAAAAUAUAAUAAAACCCUUAAUUCUCAAGCUAAGAUAUAGAUUGAGUUCCACUUGUUCUUUAUUCAAUCAUAUGCUAACAAUUCCACCUUCAUUAACAAUCUACAGGUUUGCCCAUGAAGACCAAGCUUCUGAUAGGUAAGAAUGAAUCCCAGAGAAAAAUAAUGAUUAUAAUGUCAUUAUCUGAUUCCUUGUCCGCCCCCCCUUUUCUUGUCUAUGUUGUCAGGUGUUUCCGUAAGUAUAGCAGCAUUAGCUGUUGCAGCACUUGUGUUCCUUAUUAGAAGUAGACUCUUAUCAUCCAAUUUGUACUUGUUAUGGAAGAAGAAACAUGAAAAUGCCAGGAAAGUGGAAAAAGUUUCUAGAGGACUAUGGAUGCCUAACUCCCAAAAGAUACAAUUAUGCAAUGACAAAGAAAAUGACCAACACCUUCAAGGACAAACUGGGACAAGGAGGGUAUGGGGCAGUAUUCAAAGGGCAACUUGCUGAUGGUCAUUUGGUUGCUGUUAAAGUCUUGAGUGAAUCCAAAGGUAAUGGUGAAGAAUUCAUCAAUGAGGCAGCCAGCAUUGGACGAACUUAGCACAUGAAUAUCGUAAGUCUUUUAGGAUUUUGUUCUGAGGCUUCCAGAAAAGCUCGUGUAUGAAUUCAUGCCAAAUGGAUCCCUUGAAAUGUUCAUUUACUCCAAAAAGAACAGAGGAAAGCAAGUUCUUAAUUGGGAAACACUUUAUCAGAUUUCCCUUGGAAUUGCUCGAGGCCUUGAUCACUUGCAUCGUGGAUGUAUCUCAAGAAUUCUUCAUUUUGACAUUAAGCCUAAUAACAUUCUUCUUGAUGAAAAGUUACUGUGCUACGAUAUCUGACUUUGGCUUGGCUAAGCUGUGUCCAACAGUUCGGAGUACAAUAUCAAUGCCUAGAGCAAGAGCAACAAUUGGCUACAUUGCUCCAGAAGUUUAUUGCAGGAACAUUGGAGGAGUUUCAAAUAAGUCUGAUGUCUAUAGCUAUGGAAUGAUGGUUCUGGAAAUUUUUGGAGAAAGAAAGAACCUGAACCCAAGAGUGGAGAACACAAGCGAAAUAUACUUUGCACACUGGAUUUACAAGCGCAUUGAACAAGAAGAAGAUUUGGGGUUGGGGAAAUUCAAUGAGGCUGCAGAAGAAGAGACAGCCAAAAAGAUGGUGUUAGUGGGCUCAUGGUGCAUACAAACAGAUCCACCAAUUCGACCUUCAAUUAGCAGAGUUGUGGAAAUGUUAGAAGGAAAUUGCAGUGCCUUGCAAAUGCCGCCAAAGCCUUAUCUUGAUUCUGCUUCAAGCUCAACAUGA